GAAAGAGACCUUAGAGAGAGAGAGAAAGAGAGAGAUGGGACUGAGGAAGCUGUGGCAGUAUAGGAGCAUAGUGAGAGAAGCAUGGGAUCAAACCACGGCCGUGGCAACGUUUCUCUGCGGCCUCCACGUCACCAACAAGUACCUCUGCACCUUUGGCAUGGCCUACGGUCCCAGCAUGCUCCCGACCUUCAAUCUGACCGGUGAUCUCUUCCUGGCAGAUCGCCUCUCCACUCGGUUCGGCAAGGUGGGCCGCGGAGAUGUCGUCCUCGUGCGGUCCCCUGAGGAUCCUCGGAAGGUGGUGGCCAAGCGCUUGUUGGGGAUGGAGGGCGAUUCUGUCACCUACGUUGUGGACCCCAAGAACAGUGAUAGGUCCGAGACUGUUGUGGUUCCAAAGGGACACGUUUGGAUAGAGGGAGACAACAUCUAUAAUUCCAAAGAUUCAAGACAAUUUGGACCUAUUCCUUAUGGCCUCGUUGAAGGAAAAAUAUUCUGGAAGAUAUGGCCACCUAAAGAAUUUGGUUCAUUGGGACAAAGCAGAAUGAAGGAUCCAGAUCUAUAGGGUCAUUAACUCCUCGUUUCACAAAAAAGAAGAGAAAAAAAGGACAAAAUUCCUUCUGUGUGAAUAUCACAUUGUGUUAGAUUUGGCGUUUAAUAGAAUAAUAGUUAAGAGUAGAGGAAAGAUGUGUGAAGGAAAUGAAAGGGACAAGCAUUUCUACAUUUUGCUGCCUUAUUAAUUCAAUGGACUAUCUGAAGUACACAUGUAAAUAAAGUUGGAUAUUAGAAAUAUAUACGUAUAGAGAGAUUACUUUGGACUGUAAAUGAUCAAAUAUUCUGACAUCUGAAGACUAGUAUGCUCUUUAUAAUAUCUAAAUAAAAAUGGCCAAUAUCAUCGUCUUCCCUAUGUCACCAAAUAGUCCUGCACUGUUUAAACUUUUUAUUCCUAAACCCUAAGCAUUAGGAACUAUAAAAGAGUGAAAAUCGAAAACGAAUUGUUUGGUAGCAAAAGGGAGACUCUUAAGAGCCUUCAGUGGUCUCUCACCACCUCAUUUUUGUUCUGUCCUCCUUACUCUUGUCUUGUUCUUCUUUUCUAACCUGAGAAAACAAAUUUUUCAAUACAUGUUGUAGGCCUUUUGGUGGUUGCUAUUUAGUGGUCUGAUACUAAUAGCUAGUUAUGUUUGGUGUCCUGCACAUAUUUCCUGGUUAGCCGCACAUCAACAACGUAAGCAGAAGAUUCAGGCAACUGUUUUUGUGUGCUAUGGAGGUUACUAUUUUCUGGACAAGGAUGUCGCCAUUUCAAAUUUCAUGGUCAAGAUUUAAAAUUUGUACAUCUAACGGUAUACAUGAAGUCAAUAUUGGCACCUCUUUUAGAAAAUUUAGAUGAUGUGACAUGAAAUGGAUAGGACACUAUACCUAUUUUCUUGUAUGACAAUUCAAAACUUUUGGGCUUAUAGAUUCAAUUAGCUGAAGUAUUGACCAAUGUGUACUUUACCUAAGGAUUUAUUGGAGGCCAA